AUGUCGUCUUUCUUCAGGUCGGCGGCAGACAUUAGCUCUUCUCGUGAAGAAAGCACGUCGAAUGAGAACAGCGACGAAUCCAACAGCAGUGAUCACCAAAUCACAAGAGUACGCACCUUGGGGUCAAGUACCGCGGCCGAGGAGCAGUCAGGGCCCGGCGCGUCACAGGCACUUGCAGAAGGCUCUCGAAGCUCCAGCUAUCACCGCGAUCUUUUACUGCACGCUCUACUGGAGGAACGUUGCUAUAAUGAGGCAUUGGAAGAUUUGAAAGCCGCUGGAUUCGAGACCAAGGACCAUCCACGGGUUCAGGCACUAGCCAAGGAGAAAUAUUCUCGACUUUCGCGGCAACUUGGCAGAUAUGGUCUUGAAACUGGCGACCUGGAUUCUGAACAAUUCGGACCUCUUCGCCAGACUUAUCGAGAUGGUCUGUCCGUGAUCACGCGAAAAUCUGUCGAUCUUCAGACACCCAUUGAGGAGAUCUUGGCACAAUCUCAAGGCAAUGACUUGCCUGGACCUUUACUUCGAUUAAUAGGAGGAGAGCAGUCAGCAACCAUUGACAUGAGCCGGCGAUUCAGUGAUCUUGCAAUCGCUUGCUCGGAUCUGCAUGCUCAACCCAAACUCCUCGGCAAUGGCAUACUUCCUGGUCACCCUUUGCUCAACUCAACACGCUACACUCGAGACUUUGAAGAGUUUGGCAUUCUUGGUAAAGGAGGUUACGGUACUGUGUUUCGAUGCAAGCACAACCUGGACGGCAGACACUACGCAAUCAAGAAGAUACCACUUGGACCGACCCGCAUGCGAAAAAUUCAAGAGAACGGACAAGCAGAGCUCGAUCACAUCCUCGUCGAAGUACGGACGUUGGCACGCUUGGAGCAUCCUAAUAUUGUUCGGUACCACAGCGGCUGGAUCGAGUGGGCACCUCUAAUAUCCAACAAGCAGUCACUCGAAUUCGAUGGUCACAAGCUGCUCGAAGCGCCCAAAGAGUCAAGAGAAGACGAUGUCGCAGGAAGCUUCGGAGCAGAUGUACCAGCUAUCGACGUUCAGUUCGGCUAUGAUGAAGAUGAAGAUGACGAUGACGAAGGUCCAUUUGAGAUGUCAACUGGUCGGACCCAACGCUUCGCAACUCAGCAAGAAGAGGACAUCAUGUUCGAAGACUCUAGAAGAUCAGGACCAGCUACUUCUGAUACUCAAUCUCUUCAACCAGGUCGCAGCACAGUCGCAAGCGUGAGCGAAGAGAGCGAAGUCGAAGUCAUCACACGCAAGAACGAGCCUUCAGAAAGUAGCUAUGACGAGUCGUCUUUCAGCACCAACCAACAACACCAUACCUCUUCCUCGCCCUCUCUGACGCUCCAUAUUCAGAUGUCACUAUACAGCAUGACUCUUUCGGAUUUCCUCGCUCCCGCCACAUACCCUAUCGCCACCGACAAUAUCACCUCCCUCCGCCACUGUUUCCACGCUCAUUCAUCGCUCGAAGUUCUCUCUUCCAUCAUCGAAGGUGUCGAAUACUUGCACUCAGAGGGUAUAGUCCAUCGUGAUCUCAAGCCCGGUAACAUCUUCCUCGCUGUACGCGAAGGAUCCAAGCCUCCUCCGGGAGCCAUCUCCCUGCACAAUUGUACCUCUUGUGCUGGUCAGAACAUGUCACGCUCUUUCAAUGUCAGCAUUUGUAUUGGUGAUUUUGGCCUUGUCUCUGCUAUUGCGAGACCAGAAGAUACACCUCCAAUGGCCGGCGUUUCGUGCAAAGCAGUGGGUACAGAAAUUUAUCGUCCUUACACUGUCACUCGCGACAAUCAUCCCAGUCUGGAUGUCUACGCUCUAGGGAUCAUCGCCUUUGAACUACUCCAUCCUUUUGGAACCAGAAUGGAGAGGCAUGAAAUGCUGCAUCAGCUCAANAAAGGUGACAUAUCUGGUGAUCUGGAUAUGAAGAUUAAAUGCAAAGGCAUGAGGAAAUGGAUCUUGAGCAUGGUGGAAGUGGAUGAGAGCCAGUGGCCUAGUUGGGAGGAGUUGAGGGACGAGUUGUCCGGUCUGCUCGAGCAGUGCAAGGCUCUAUGA